AUGUUCAGUGAAGGUUUGUUGAAUGAGUACCAGGAAGUCUGGUCCCUCCCUUUGCCGGACAUCCCCAGGGUGGGGCACGGUUGGUCCCUGGCAGGUUCAGGCAGGCAGAGAGGGCCCCAUAGCUGUGCGCGAGCUGGUUCCUUCCCUCUUCCUGCCUGCCGUCUACAUACCCUCCACCCUGUCACACAGCUGAUGAAGUGCUUGCAGAGGAUCAUGAUGGCAGAGGAGGCCUCGGGCUGCCAGGUGCCUCACCGGCCCUGGGUGUCCAUCUGGUGGGUGGCUUUGUUGCUGCUUCUCCUUGGCAUGGUGAUAGGCUGCCUCGUCUGCAGUGUUCACCUCACCCGAAAGCAGCAGCUGGAUUCAACUGAGUGGGACUUAGCGGAGCUGCAGCUGAAUCACACAGGAUCACGGCAGGACCCCAGGCUGCGCUGGCAGGGAAGCCCAGCCCUGGGCCGCUCCUUCGUGCAUGGGCCAGAGCUGGACAACGGGCAGCUGCGUAUCCAACGUGAUGGCAUUUAUAGGCUGCACAUCCAGGUGACCUUAGCCAACUGCUCCUUCUCCACAUGGACCGCCAAGCCCCACAGCGCCACCCUGACCGUGGCCAUCUGCUUCCCCACGGCCCACAGCGUCAGCCUGCUACGCCUCAGCUUUCACCACGGCUGCUCCGUCGCCUCCCAGCGCCUGACGUUCUUAGCCCACGGGGACAUUCUCUGCACCAACCUUACUCAGCCUCUGCUGCCCUCCAGAAACGCUGAUGAGACUUUUUUUGGGAUUCAGUGGGUGUGCCCUUGA